AUGCAAAUUGGGAUUUGUGCUAAAGUUGCUGGAAAGCUUCCAAGUGGAGAACAAAUAGCUGUCAAAAGGCUUUCAAGACAUUCCUGCCAAGGUUUGGAGGAGUUCAAGAAUGAAAUGAUGCUGAUAGCCAAACUACAACACAGAAAUUUGGUUAGACAAAUGGGUUGCUCUAUUCGCGGUGAAGAAAAAUUGCUUGUAUAUGAGUACAUGCCGAACAAAAGCUUGGAUCGCUUUUUAUUUGAUCCGGUCAAGCAAACAGAGUUAGACUGGGCAAGACGCUAUGAUAUAAUUGAAGGCAUUGCAAGAGGACUACUUUAUCUACAUCGAGAUUCAAGACUAAGAAUAAUUCAUCGAGAUCUAAAAGCAAGCAAUAUUUUAUUGGACGAAAACAUGAACCCAAAAAUCUCAGACUUCGGGCUGGCCAGGAUAUUUGGUGGAAACCAGAACGAAGGCAAUACAACCAGAGUGGUUGGUACAUAUGGUUAUAUGGCUCCAGAAUAUGCAAUGGAAGGUCUAUUUUCAGUUAAAUCCGAUGUAUAUAGUUUUGGUGUAUUACUAUUAGAGAUUGUGAGUGGUCGGAGGAACACUAGCUUUCGUCACUCAGAUGACACAAGUCUCAUUGGAUAUGCAUGGCAUCUUUGGAAUGAAGGCAGAGCAAUGGAGCUUGUAGACCCUUGCAUACGUGAAUCAAGUCCUAAAGACAAAGCUUUGAGGUGCAUAAACAUAGGAAUGUUGUGUGUGCAAGAUUCAGCAUCUCAUAGACCAAACAUGUCCAAUGUAGUGUUGAUGCUAGAAAGUGAGACAACCACUCUUCCAUUACCUUCACAACCUUUGGUCACUUCCAUGAGGAGAUCUGAGGACAGAGAAUUUCAUAUGGAAGGUCUUGAUGUUUCAAAUGAUUUAACUGUCACAAUGGUGGUUGGAAGAUAG